UUAUUCCAGAAAUGGUACGACUAUAAAUUACGUUGGGACCCGGAGGAGUACGGAGGGGUGGAGAUGCUUUACGUCCCAUCGGAACACAUAUGGCUACCCGACAUAGUCCUCUUCAACAACGCGGACGGCAACUACGAGGUGACAUUAAUGACCAAAGCCACUCUGUCUUACACCGGGGAAGUCAUCUGGAAACCGCCCUCCAUCUACAAAUCCUCAUGCGAGAUCAACGUCCAGUACUUCCCCUUCGACGAGCAAAGUUGUCUCAUGAAAUUCGGCUCUUGGACUUACAAUGGAUUACAGGUGGAUUUGAAGCAUAUGGAUCAACAGGCUGGAAGCAACAUCGUUAAGGUGGGCAUAGAUCUGUCCGAAUUUUACUUGUCGGUGGAAUGGGACAUCCUCGCAGUUCCCGCAUCGAGAAACGAAGAGUACUACCCCUGUUGCCCCGAACCGUUCUCAGACAUAACGUUCAAGAUAACGAUGAGAAGGAAGACACUAUUCUACACGGUCAACCUGAUAAUCCCGUGCGUCGGAAUCACCUUCCUCACAGUCCUCGUCUUCUAUCUUCCAUCCGAUUCCGGUGAGAAGGUGACCCUUUGCGUAUCGAUCCUGCUCUCGCUCACCGUCUUCUUCCUGCUGCUCGCCGAGAUCAUCCCGCCUACGUCUCUAGCUGUACCGCUUCUGGGCAAGUACCUGCUCUUCACGAUGAUCCUGGUAACGUCCUCGAUCUGGGUGACUGUGUGCGUGCUGAACGUGCACUUCAGGUCUCCAUCGACGCAUAAAAUGUCACCGCUGAUAAGGAAGAUUUUCCUCCAGUUUAUGCCGCGUAUACUGAUCAUGAGGAGGACGACGUACUCGCUCCCAGAAUACGACGAUUCGCAGCCGCCCCGUGGGUACACUAACGAAAUGGAAAUGCAAUUGAAUAUGGGCGAGCCCUUCACCUCCGAUUUUAAGGUGACGACGAGGGAGCCCAGCUUCGUGUUGCACCACAGUCAAGAUGACGACAAGAUGAAGGCUCACUCCUCGAUGACCGGUUCAUCUCCGAUGACUCCAAGGGCUUUGUCCUCCAGCGUCCUCGCAGCUCUUCAGGGUGUCAGAUUUAUAGCGCAGCAUAUCCGAGACGCCGACAAAGAUAACGAGGUCGUCGAAGAUUGGAAGUUCGUUUCUAUGGUCCUCGACAGAUUCUUCCUUUGGGUUUUCACGCUCGCCUGCAUCGGAGGAACGUGCGGCAUCAUAUUCCAAGCACCGUCACUCUACGACACCCGAAUCCCUGUCGAUCAGCAGCUCAGCGAAAUACCCUUAACGAAGAUCUUCCAACUUCCACCCUCCCACGUACCGAUACAAUAAUAAAAUUACCUCAAUAUACAUC